GAAAAUCCCUAGUGAAGGCUGUGACCAGUCUCGGAGGGGGUUAGUCAUAUGGAUCUCCAGACUAGUUAGGCUAUAUAUGACGCCCCAAAUCGCCAUUACUAGUUGUGGUCUGUAGAAGGCCGCCACGCCGCCCCAAUUCAACGGAGCGCUACUACAGCUCUCUCGCCACUACUGAUCACUCGUUCAGCUCUCUCUUGGUUUUGCUGGAUUGCUGCUGGCCAAAUCAGCCAGACAGCGUUUGAUUUGCUCUUGCGACGUUCUGAAAGUUUCUUCCUACACUGCCUCUGCGGGUACACCUCCGAAGCCUCAUAGAGGCUCGUUCUGGCGAUCCCUGGGGUUGAUCUCUCACUAUUGAGGAAUUUUAAGAUCUGGUGGAUUGGGAGCUCACACUGUCCACUGUAGAUGUCAGCUUGAGAUUGGAUCUAACAUUGAAGACUUGGACUUGCAGUUUGGUAACGGCUCUGCAGAACUGACUCUUAGUUGAGGAUUUGGAUACGUUGGACUAGAUUAUCAGGUGUUCACAUAAGUUAAGCAGGUUAGCAGGAAUAAAAUCUGAUUACCUUCGAAUGAUAGCCAUGAGUCAGUUUAAUGUUGUUGGGGGAGUGAUUUUCAUUGCUCUCUUCUCCGUUUUUGCGACGUCUGCGGAAGGAGAAGCCAGCGGAGGUCUUCCCAUUCCGCAGCAGCCCCUGCACUCUCCAAGGAUUGCUCCACAGCCCCCAGUUUUGUACGCCCCUGCCCCCGAGCCCGCACCUUUGUGGCCUCCUUGCGAUGGAGUAGAUAUUGUUUACAUCAACAAUUACACAGCGAGGAUCUACCCUUUCCUCGACGACACUCCCUGGUUGCAACCUUACAGAUUCGAGUCUAUUGUGACAAUCACCAACAUGGGAUACUCAACAGUUGAAGCCUGGGCGAUGGGAAUAGAUUUCCAACACAAUGAGAUUCUUGUGGACGCUGAAGGUAUUGUCUUGGAGGACGGGCGCCUCAUGCCAGUCGAUGUUUCCAACGGCACCGUCCUGACACAAAUUCCUGCGGGAGUGCUGAAGAAUGCUAUCGAGACUGCUGGGGAUAUGAACCAGGUUCAGAAGACUUUCAAAAUCAAGGGCACAGAGUUCGGGAAGAAGCUGGAUCCCAUGCCGAGAAGCAUCAACAUUACUCUAAAAGGCUACAACUGCAGUGAAUCAUUACUCUAUGGAAAUAAUACGAUGCACACUUGCUGUUCGGAGCCGAACCGAAAUGUCACCUUGAAUGACGAGGAAUUUUUCUUGAAUCCUGAGACCGGGAACUUCACCAUCAUGUACGAUGUCAUACAGGCUUAUCCCGGCAGCUACUUGGCGCAUGUAACACUCUCUAAUGACAGUCCCAUUGCGCGUCUGGAUUUCUGGAAUAUUUCUUUUACAUGGCAAGAAAAUGAAUUCAUAACCAAGAUGAUGGGCGCUACAACGCGAGAAGCCGACAGGGAGGUGUGCAUGAACGGAAUUGCAGGAAAAACUUACUCGGAUCCUGAUAUGAACAACGUAUUCUGCUGCUCGGUGAGUCCGGAAAUCGUCGAUCUUCCCAUUGACAGAACCAACGACACGCAAAUAGGUGGAAUUGAGUACUGCUGCAGGAACGGAACCCUCUGGCCAGCGCUGCUCGAUGAGAAAAAAUCGAAAUCCGCUUUCCUGAUGAAUGUUUACAAAGUUCCGCCUAUGAGCAGUCAACUUAAUCAUAUUAUCCCUCCCGGAAAUUGGAGAAUUGGAGACGGGAGGUUCAAGUGCGGUAUUCCACGCCGAAUCAAACCUACAGCUUACCUGGAUCCUUACCUGCUGUAUGAGACCACUGCCUUCAAGACCUGGCAGGUGACUUGCAAUGAGACUGAGAACAAACCCCCUCCGAAGUGCUGCGUCUCAUUCUCAAAAUACACCAACGAUUCAAUUGUGCCUUGCCGCACCUGCGCCUGCGGUUGUCCUGCAAGCCCGCAACCAGCGUGCAAUGCAAGUGCCUCUGCGAUGUUGCUCCCCUACAGUGCCAUUACCAUGCACCCGGAAAAUCGAACACGGCAGAUCCUCGCGUGGGCGGACAUCAACCACAACAAGAAUAUUCCGAACCCCCUUCCCUGCCAGGACUAUUGCGGUGUAGCCAUCAACUGGCACAUUGUGUCUAACUUCACCGGCGGAUGGAGUUCCCGCAUGACGCUGUUCGACUGGUCUGACGUGACUUUCCCGGACUGGUUUGCCGUCCUCCAGAUGCCGGGGGCUUAUCAAGGCUUCCAGCAGGCCUACUCCUUCAACGCCACCAAGAUGCCGAACAUGAACGGCACGGCGCCUGACAACACCAGCGUCAUGGUUACGGGGCUUCAGGGCUUGAACUACCUGAUGGCUGCGACGAACCGAUCGGCAGGAAAGUUGCAGUCCGUGUUCUCCUACACGAAGCUCACAACGUCAGGGAUGCGUGAACAAGACUACUUUCCUGAGAAGGUUUGGUUUAACGGCGAAGAAUGCGUCAUGCCAGAGGGCUUUCCAUUGUCGCGAAGCGGAGCUCUUCCAACACGUCCCGGGGUUCUAGCUUUUGCGAUCUUCCUGAUGUCCUGCACAAUGGCCUUCUAUGAUUUCUUGGGUAUUCUGUAAGAGCCUCGGCAUUAGCAUGUAAAGAACAAUACAUCGAGUCAGCUUGAACAAUACGAUCAGCGUUCGAUAGCUUAUAUUUGUAGUGUGGGGCAGGGGAUCAAUCGAUUCAUUCAUUUAUUCUUCAGAUUGUCUGCGGACUGCCACAACCAGCAGUCGCAGGAAAUCCAAACUAGUGGCCCUUGAGUUGUAUAAUACAUAAGGCGGAAGACGGAGGUUUUUGUCACCCAGGUAAGAGCUUGAUCGUGCUUUUUUCCUGGCGGUGGCUAGUAAGUGGAAUGUGUGAAUCUGGAGGGCCGUGGCGCCAGCUCCCAAAUCCGUCGUGACGGCUGCGCGCGCCUUCCAGCUCCUCUUCCAAUUAGCUCAGUAAACAUGAAAACAAGAGUAUACAUAUAUAAUUUUCUCACGCAUGGUCUUCAAAUUUCUCA